UUUCUUUUAGAUCUUGUCACCCCGGUCAUUUUAUCAUUAAAGCAGCGUAUUUGAGAAUGGAGGCUACGUUAUAUCCUGCAGAUCGUACUGGAAGAGUCGAGGGGCCGGUUGUAGACCAUUGCUGGCAGCAACAAGAGGAGGGGGUGUGCCUGCCCGACAGACGACCAGCAGGAAAGGCACCGCCUCCCAGAACACAGUAUUUCAACUUCGGCUUUUACGGUGCUAAUUGCCUAAAUGACAAUAACAAGGGUCUGGGGCUGGGGGCACGGGAAAUGAAAGAAAAGAGAUCUGGGAAAUGAAACCUGCAGGGGAAAAGAAGUUACCAGAGUUCUAGUGAAACAGCUAUCAGAUGCCAGCGGGGAGGCAGAGGGAGGGGGAGAGGCUGGGCUCCAGCAACCCGCUGCUGGGAGAGAGACAAAGGCGGUCGGAGAGCGGCGGAGGCGAGGCGGGUCGGUCGGUAGUGUCAGCAUGGGGAGACAGCCCGCAGCUGGACGCCCGGGAUGAAACGGAGUAAAUCCGCAGCGUCUGCUUCGGGGUUGGAAUGACUGGAGUAUGUACCAAAAUAAGAACUCAGAGGAAAAAGUAAGUCUGGGAAAGGACUUUCAGAUUUUGACGGUCUUGGAACUCUCGCUCCUCUUUGAGGCAUGCCUUCUUCGAUGCGCUACCUCUUCAUAGUCUCUGUCUCGUGUGUCAUCAUUUUUAUCGCGCUCUAUGUGUUCAGAUUUGGGGGAGAGCAAAGCUUCCAGAGGCUAAAUAACUCGGACACUUUGAUGCUGACCCAAGUCUGCACAUCCUUUAUCAAAGGCAAAACACCUUUCCUGUGGAAAAGCAAACUAACCAUCUACGAGCAGUCUUCUUGCAAGGAAUACCUGACCCAAAGCCACUAUAUCACGGCCCCUUUAUCCAAAGAAGAGGCUGAAUUUCCUUUGGCAUAUAUAAUGGUCAUCCAUCACAAUUUCGACACCUUUGAAAGGCUCUUAAGAGCUAUUUACAUGCCCCAGAACCUCUACUGUGUUCAUGUGGAUGAAAAGGCGACAGUCGAAUUUAAAGAUGCAGUGGAGCGAUUACUGAGCUGCUUCCCAAAUGCGUUCCUGGCUUCCAGGAUGGAGCCGGUUGUCUAUGGUGGGAUUUCCAGGCUCCAGGCUGACCUGAACUGCCUCAGAGAUCUCGCAGCCUCGGAGGUUCCGUGGAAGUACGCCCUGAACACCUGUGGGCAAGAUUUCCCCCUGAAAACCAACAAGGAAAUAGUGCGGUAUCUGAAAGGAUUCAAGGGGAAAAACAUCACCCCGGGGGUGCUGCCCCCAGCUCACGCCAUUGGACGCACUAAGUAUGUCCACCGAGAGCACCUGGGCAAAGAGCUUUCCUAUGUGAUCAGAACCACAGCUUUGAAACCACCUCCUCCCCACAAUCUCACCAUUUACUUUGGCUCUGCCUAUGUUGCUCUAUCUAGAGAAUUCACGAACUUUGUCCUCCAUGACCCACGGGCUGUUGAUUUGCUCCAGUGGUCCAAAGAUACUUUCAGCCCUGAUGAACAUUUCUGGGUGACGCUCAAUAGGAUUCCAGUCCCCUUCCCUUUCCAAUCCUUGCCAGACACGCAAUGCGGGAAAUCAAGAAUGCUGUCUAGGUAGGCGCAGGAGAGAAAACCAUUUUUGCUCUUGGUUUGUAGUGUGGCACACUGGCUCUGCCCUCUCCCAGUGCCGGCCUGACCCAUGCACAGCACAUAACCUCUUGGAGCCUCAAAUCUCCCCAGCUACAAAAUGAGGGCCCAGGUUGGGAGACCCUUUUCUACCUACACACGUCUUUCUUUGCAAAACAUGUCCAGAAGCACGUCAACACCUAGUGUGUAGCUGUGGGGAAUUUGUAGAAAGGCUGAAACAUUGGCGCAUCUGGGCUUCCAGUCGCCUUGGCCAGUGGAACCCCAUUUCCCCUAUGGAAACUGGAGGUGAGCUGUCCACCAAGAGCAUGUCUCCAGAGAGGAAGGUGAGCUCAGCCCAGGUCAACGGUCUGUGGGGUCUGAGUCUGCUUUUCAGGGUAGGUGGCAUUUCCUGGGGUUGCCUCCUUCCUUUCUUAGACUCUGGAGGGAGAGCAUCCUGGCUCAGGGAGAAAGCAGAAGGAAAUCCUGCUUGUGGGUGGGGACUUCCCAAAUUACAAGUGAUUCAAAGAAAACUUGGCUAUCUCCAUCUUUAAAGGCAAUGCAAAAUUCAAUUACACACUCAGUUACUCCAGGAGUUUUACACUUGAGCACUCUUUGUAAUUUAAGAUUUGGUGUGUGAAUCUGGUUCUUUAUUACCAGACAACCUUUAACCAUAUCAGCUCUUCUAUUUUCAGUGUCCUAUUUUAAGGGGAAAAGUCCUACAGUGAAAAAAAUGUGAACACAUAUGUGUUUAUAAUUUUUUUGCAAACGUGCAAGUAGGGAUAGUGUCCCUUUCUUCCCUCAAACUUAACUCUCUUUCUCCUAAACAUCUUAAAUUAAAGUGCUUCUGUUAGGAAGACCCUGCACAGGCAUAUCACGUUCCCCAAAACACCCACAAGAAAAUGAUUAGUCCCCCAUAAUUAGAUGAUAUCAGAAAACAAAGUGAAAAUAGCUUAAAAUUGGUGAGACUCAACAGAAAGCACAUUCGUACAGGGAGCACUUCAUCACAGAUCUUUACACUGCCUUAUUUUUUCUCAUGUUGUCUUUUUAUUGAGAAAAAUGACUUCUGUCUUGGUUUUCAACCCUUUGGUUUCUUCCAUACUGUGUUAGAAUUAGAAAUGACCCUGGGACAGGUCAGAAAGAAUCCCCUGGGGGCCCUAUCUCGUCUGCUUUGUCAGGGGAGGCCAGUUGGAACACCAUCCCG